AUGGGCCGAAGUCUGGAAUAUCCAAAACGGGGACACAACACUGUUAACCGGCUCGGCAAGAAUAGAGGAGUGUAUGAUCUGGAGAUCAUCCACUCAAUCAUCAACGGCUCUCUGGUGCUGAAUGUGUCGUUCGCUCCAAGUCCCGAUGAUGAGUUUCCCGCCAUUCUGCCAAUGAUUGGAACAAUGGCCUCGUUCGAAAACCCGAGUGCUGGCCUUGACGAGCCCCUUGACUGCUACCUUCACGGCUAUGUCUCAUCGCGAAUCAUGAACUUGACCCGGCAGGCCCAAGAAGCAGGAAAACCGGGUCUUCCAGUCUGCAUUGCAGCCAGCAAAGUCGACGGCCUUAUUCUAGCCAUCUCAUCCUUUUCCCAUUCCUACAACUAUCGCUCAGCAGUCCUAUUUGGUUAUGCACAGCUGGUGACCGACCUAGACGAGAAGCAGUACGCCAUGGAGCAAAUCACGAAUAAAGUCGUCAGUGAUCGAUGGAGAAAUACCCGGCUUCCCAUCAAUAAAGCCGAGCUCUCAAGCACGCAGAUGUUGCGAGUCCAGAUCAAUAGUGGCAGUGGCAAGAUCCGUGAUGGACCGCCUGCUGAUGACAAGGCCGACCUAGCAGACAAGAAUGCUGUGGACACUAUCUGGACCGGGUAUCUUCCUGUCACUGAGACGAUUGGGGAGCCGGUGGCCAGUUCUUACAAUCAAAUCGCAGUGCCACAGCAUGUGGCGGAUCAUAGAAAGAACUUCAAUGAUCGCGUUAGGGAGUAUUCAGACGCUUGUGUAACGAGAGUCAAAGAGAUGAAGGUCACCUACGGAGAUGUUUGA